AUGUGGUUGCCAAGCCCGGCCUGGCCAUCAUCUCCGACAUUUCCUGAGUUCGAGAUCAUCUCGUCUUCUUCCCCUCUCCCUCAGCAACCCUCGAAACAUCUUCGACGAUCUGGUUCCAAGAUGCCAUCCGGAAUCUUCAAUUCAAGUUACUACGGCAAGGACUACCGAGCCGGAGCAGCCCUGCUUCGUGCUCGGCGGCCAUAUCUAGUCAAGAACUCGCUGACCGGUCUGGGUCUGUUCGGGUUCGUCGUUGGUGUUUACGCCUUCACCAUCCGCGCAGUCGGCCAAGAAGAUUUCUCCGAUGUCGUUGUUCCAGACGCUCCUCCUGUCGCUGCUGCCAACAACAAGCAAUAA